ACCAACUAAACCUAGAACUUGUUCUCGAGCCUUCUUCUAUGUCUUCUUCUUCUUCUUCUUCCACGAACUCAUCAUCAUGUUUGGAGCAGCCUAGGGUAUUCUCAUGUAACUAUUGUCAAAGAAAGUUUUACAGCUCGCAAGCUCUUGGUGGUCAUCAAAACGCUCAUAAGCUUGAGAGAACCUUAGCCAAGAAGAGUCGAGAACUUUUUAGAUCCUCAAACACUGUUGAUUCCGAUCAGCCUUACCCGUUUUCCGGCCGGUUUGAACUCUACGGCCGUGGCUACGAAGGAUUUCUCGAAAGUGGCGGCUCGAGGGACUACUCAGCUCGCCGUGUGCCGGAGAGUGGUCUUGAUCAGGAUCAGGAGAAGAGUCACCUUGACUUAUCCUUAAGGCUCUAAAAUAAUCUUAUAUUUUGUUA